AUGGAGAACGCUAAUGCAAGGAAUGUAGAUGAGUCAGAAUCUUCUAAUGCCAGAAUGGAUCGGUUAGAAAGAAUGGUGGAAGCCUUAACUGGGUUGGUGAGACAACAGCAAGAGCAAAACCAACAACAACAGAGACAACCUUUUCCACCACCUCCUCCACCACCUGUUCAAGUGGAACCGAUCAAUUAUGAUGACAUCAUCACUCUGACACAGAAAUACAAGAAAUUGAAACCGCCAGAAUUUGCAGGAGGUAUUGAGCCAUUACGAGCAGAGGCAUGGGUACUUGAGACUGAGAAAAUUUUUGAAGUGUUUCCAUGUAAUGAUGCAUAUAAAGUUCUAUUAGCCACAUUCACUUUGAAGGAAGAAGCGAGAAGAUGGUGGAUGCUUAUUCGAAAUAUGAAUAGGGACUUAACCUGGGAUCGAUUCAAAGAGACGUUUUAUGAAAAGUAUUUUCCACAAUGCAUGCGAGAUAGAAAAGUAUCUGAAUUUGAACAGUUAAAGCAAGGAACCAUGUCAGUAGCGGAGUAUGAAGCGAAAUUUACCGAACUAGCCCGUUACGCUCCUCAUAUGGUUGAUACGGAUUACAAGAAGGCCAGGAAAUUUGAGGGUGGCCUACAUGUUGAGUCUAUAACUACACCUGAACCAGAAAGUAAGAAAUUCAAGAAACAGAAAGUAGAAACAGUUAGUGAAUCCAUGGGCCCCGUGAAUGAAAAUUUGACUUCAAAGUUUAGUGACAACACAAAAAGGGAAAGUGGUGGCAGUAUAGGUGUUCCUACUUGUAAGGAAUGUGGGAAGCAACAUUGGGGUAUUUGUCGCCGUGGAACCAGAGUCUGUUUCAAAUGUGGACAAAAAGGACAUAUAGCUAAAGCUUGCCCACAAGUUUAUGUAAGAAAUGAAGGACCCAUUGCUAGUGGAGUUAACUCAACAAUGACACCAAAGACAAACGUAACAUCUGCUCUUGAGGGGAAUACAUUGAGGCAAGGAAGGGUUUUCACCCUAGUUUCAGAAAAGACACAGAAUACUGAAAAAGCGAAUACAGGUAUGAUUUUUAUUAUCUACCGUGAUGUUAGCACUGUUCUCUAUGCGAUGGCUAUGUUACUUAUGCGGUGGAAAUAUGAACAUAUGACCAUAACGGAAUAA